UCUGUCAGCAAACGGAGAGCAUCGACAAACAAACACCAGCCCUAGUUCGUGCUCGCACAUAAAAUAGCACAGGACUUGGCUUUCAUCCUCCGGGAGAAUGCUGCGCAUUCGGCUUUCUCUUUCCACUUCGUAUCUAUAACACAAUGACCGAAACCCCACUCCCCACGACAAUCAACACAGGCGACCGGCGGUCCUGGGGCCUGGGCAUCACUCUGGCCAGCACUCCGACCGCUCCCGCCAAGCCGCAAAUCCACGAGGACACGGUGCGCCUCAGCUCAACCUCAGAGCUUGCCAGCCAGCCGUCGCUCAUCCAGCGGCUGACCACGGGACUCUACACGCUGCUGUCAUCCGGCAGCCCCACCGAACUACGGCCCAAGACGCAGAUCGAGGACAUGCUCGAAACCUACUACCAGUCGCAGGGCCGCGCCGUGCCCCACUGGGUCAACAGCCCGCCCGCCGACCCACCGCUGGACACUGCCAGGGAAAGCCGGGCAUAUCGUGCCAGCCACCGCAUGUCGCGCUUUCUCGGCCUGCCAAACAGGACGCCGGUGGAGACGCCGACCCUGCGCGCUGUGGAGUCGCCCGAGUCGCCCAAACCCGAUAGCGCAUUCGACUCGCCAGCCGCAGCUAACGAGCCGCCGCGCAUUCCGCGCACCGACAGCGGGCUGCUAUCGUUCACUGGCGAGCCGCUGCAAAUACCGGCUACCCAGACCACCGGGAUUCUGCCAAGGGCUUCGCCAACACUGGCGCGGCAGCUGAGCCAGCGCCUGCGGUCGCCGCUGGCGCACAUGCGUCACACACCGUCGGCGGAGCCCCGGCGGCUGCCCGACUCCUUGAUGGGCACGCCGCCCAUCAGCGACAGCACCAGCAUUUCCAGCACUGCGUCCUCGCGACGCACGGUCCGGAGUCUGUUCCGCCGGCUGAAACACCGCUGAGGGAUUUAUUUGAGCACGAUGGGAGAGAAAAAUACACAAGAGCGGUCCCCGUGGUUCUAAAAGAUAAUGUCGUCGUCCACCUGCUCCGCCAGCAGAUUGCGGCCAGCGCCGUGCAGCUCGCCG